AAAGCUUUUUAUUGGUAUCAAAAAUCUUUUGAACAAGGAAAUAAGGCUGCUCAAUGUAAACUUGGAGAUUUUUAUAGAUCAGGGAAAAGUGUUGAAAAGGAUGAAAAGAAGGCUUUUGAAAUUUAUAAAGAAUUGGCUGAUACAGGUUAUCUUAACGCUCAACUUAAACUUGGAUGGUGUUAUGAUUAUGGUGUUGGAACUGAUAUGAGCAAGAGUAAAGCUUAUGAAUUAUAUAGAUUAAUUGCAGAACAAGGUGAUAGUACUGGUGAAUUAAAUCUUGGAAUAUGUUAUUUAUAUGCAUACGGAGUAGAAAGAGAUGUGGAUAAAGCCAUUUAUUGGUAUCAAAGAGCGGCUGAUAAAGGGAAUAAUAUCGCCCAAUUUAAUUUAGGUAAAUGUUACGAAAUAGGAGUCGGAGUUGAUGAAGAUUUUGGCAAAGCUUUUGAAUUAUAUUUAAAAUCGGCUGAACAGCAAUAUGAAGAAGCGCAAAUAAGCGUUGGAUUAGCGUAUGAGAGAGGUCAAGGAGUAGAAAAAGAUUUGAAUAAAGCAAUCUAUUGGUAUAAGAAAGCCGUUGAGAACGGAUCUCAAGAAGCUCAAGAAAAUUUAGAACAUUUGGAACAAUUAUUAGAUCGCCAAAAUAAAGCUCAAAAAAAUUUAGAUCCCUUAUUAAAUGACAAAGAAGUUCAAGAAAGUUUGGAUAUUUUAACUGAAUCUAAUGAAUCUUCGGAAUGAAAAACAAU